AUGACCGUAAUGCACAAGCAGCAAGAACAACAAGCCCUCGCCGCCGGCCAGAUCCCCGAUGACCUCGGCCUUCUCCCAGGAACCUUCAUCAUGCCCUAUGGCAAGAACCGGCCCAGCUGGACGAGCGAGACGCGGAAGCGCUGGGAGAUGGAAAAGGAGCGCUGGAAGACGCGGUUCAUGGAUUUCUAUGCCCUCUUCAGCCUCCGCUACUGGGUGAUCCGCCCCCGCCCGCGCCUCGAACCUCUCAAACUCCCCCGCCUCGCCCGCACCCUCCACCAAACAAUGUACUCGCACUUCGCCGCGGGCAACCUCGACGCCAUCGCGCCCAAACUCUGUCCGGGCCUGCUCUCUUCCCUGCGAAACCGCAUCGCUUCCCGCCCGCCCAAAACCUUCCAGCGCUGGACGCUGCACCGCUACCUCUCCUCCCCUUCGCUGGUGUCGAUGCGCACGACGCUGAUCCCGGGGACGAAAGACGAGACGCGGUGGACGCGCAACGGGGUCGUGCAGGCGGUGGUGCGGAUCCAUUCGGUGCAGAGCCUGCAGUCCGUUAAGCGGGUGAAUUACACCGAGAAGGGGGUUAAAUUGAGUAAAGAUGUGAUGGUGGAUUCGACGGGGCGGGAGAUAGCCGGUGCGCCGGCGCCGGAGGUUGAGGCGGCGAGUGAGAGGCGGGCGAAGGAGGUGGUGGAAUAUUUUGUGCUGCAGAGUGUGAUUCGGAGGAGUAAGUUGGCGCCGUGGAUGGUGUGGGGGACGGCGGAGGAGAUGACGGUGCAGAAGUUGGAGGCGCUGGAUGGGAAGAGGAGGCCGAAGAAGGAGAGGGGGAGGCAGGAGGAUGAGGAGAGGAAGGGGUUGUUGGGGUAG